AUGGAUGUAUCCGAGGAUGUUUUUUUCGAGAUAUUACUUCGAUUUCCACCGAAGUCCGUGUUCAAAUUCAGGUGUCUCUCGAAGAGAUCGAAUCAAAUUAUCAAUGAUUCUUUCUUUCUUCGUAGUUAUGCCGAACAAAGAAAAGGUCGUGGUCGAUUGUUGGCUUUCAUAUUGAAUCAAAAUAGAGAAUCGUCACCAACUACAAGAAUAGCACCUCUGUCGGGUAACCAAGUUGGUACCAUCCCCAAGAAAUAUGGUAUUUUUAUCUGUUCCUCUGAUAGCCUCGUUCUUUGUGUUGGUUGUAACUCUGAUAGCACCAUCAAAAACCCGGCUUACCAUGUUGGAAAUCUUCUAACGAAAAAGUGGGUGUCCCUACCAUCUCCUCCUGAUCCAAAAGUGAACGUAUCGAUCGCACUGGCCUGCCAAGAAACUUCUUCCCAAUUGGUGACCAAUUAUAAAGUCGUGCAGUUCACCGAUGUAGCAUCUAACGGAGCAUUUAUGAUUGAAACUUACUCCUCCAAGACUGGGAUGUGGACAAAAUCAAAAGUUUUCUCCACAGCAAGUUCUUUUUGGUGGGUUUUUGUACUUGGUCGACCGCUUGCGCUUAAUGGCAUUAUACAUUGGCCAGUCGCAAAUCAUUUCAUUGCCGUAUAUGACCCAUAUGACAUUGGAGGAGAGAAUCAUCUUCAGAUAAUACAAAAGCCAGUUGCUGAUGCAAGAAUUUGUUCCUCUGUUCUUACAAGAUCAAGUGAUGGGAUAUUAUGGUGUGGAGUGACCACUUGCCUGAAUAUGACCAGAAUUUGGACCCUUCCCAAGGGUGAAAAUGGCUAUAGACGCCCUCACACCAUACCCUCAGAAGAGUGGAGCCUAGUGUAUACGAUGGAUUUCGAUUUCUUAGGCAAUGACUGUUCAAUGACAAGUUAUGAGAGGAAAUAUAUGAAAGAUUACAAUGGAAUUCGUAUGAUAGCCUUGUGCCCGUGGAAUCCACUUGUUGUGUAUUUCUUAAUAAGUGACACCAUCUUUCUCUAUAACACAGAGAGCAGGAUAAUGGAACGAGUUCAAUAUGACGGCAAACCGAUCACCGAUCCUUUUUACAUGAACCCUUACUUCGAGUCACGUUUCUUGUCUUCUUAUGCUCUUCAGUAG